CUUCGCGUCUAACUGUUGUAAGAAGAAUGUGGAUAAAAUUCGUAAAUAAGAAUAAUCAAAAAGAAACCGUAAAGCAACAAAAUUGAAAGUUCGUUUAUUAAAAAAUUAAUUCGUUGAAAAAUAUAAAUUCGCCCUCAAUGCAAGUUUAAAUACAUAUGUCUGUACUUCAGCAAUCCAACAACGCGUUAGUCAUUGAUUAGGAAGCCAAAAGAGAUACAAAAGAAAACGUGUGAAUUAAACAAAGAAAACUUUGGUUACACGAAAACUACAUAGGAUGGCUAAAAUCAUUUCCCAAGAAACUUUUGAUGAUGUUGUGAAAGAAAAUAUCGUGGACUUCUCUAUGAGUCCCAACGAAGCUAAAGAAGAAACAAUUAAACAAUUCGAGGCUCAGGGUAUUAAUUUAGCAAACAUCAUUAAAGACUUGACAAUUAAUCCAGAUACUGGUAAACCCGUAUUGAAUGAAAUAAUCGAUGACCUUAAAACUUACAUUGGCCAAAAAUCUACUGACACUGAGCAAUUAUUAGAGCAUUUAAGUAUUUUGGAUACUGAAUGUCAAAAGUCUAUUUCCCAUCGCGUUUUAGCGGGUAAGAAUGGUGCACAUGAAGCACUAGUUACGCUACUAGAGCAAGAGCUUGCUAAUCCACAGCCGAAUUUGACUGUAUUAGAGGCCUGCCUUAAAGCUGCCAAUAGUUUUACGAACAAACAACCAGACAUUUUUGACGCUGAAGCACUAGCCGUUAUAUUAAAACUGUUGCCUAUCGAAAAUGAGAAUAUAGUUAUUCUUGCACUUCAAUGGCUCCAAAAGGCGAGCAUUAUGCAUGAAAUUAAUCGCCAACACAUUGUGAACGCUGGUGUGGUGAAAAAGUUAAAGCCUUUCGUUUCAAAGCAAAGCAGUUUGAAACUUAUACGUGAAGUGUUGGCUGUCCUGCGUUAUCUGGUGCUGGACGAUGAUAUACGCGUUGAAUUUGGUUGUGCACAUGAGCAUGCACGUCGUAUUGCCAGCGAAUAUAUUGUCGAUUUGACCAAACUAUUAGGUGAAUACCAAGAUCCAAAUGUGCUGGCAGAUCUACUAUUAACAAUUGGGGCCUUAGCAGUGCGGCAAGAAUUCUGUACAACUAUUGAAGAUGCAGGUGGCAUUAAAUUAGUUUUCGAUAUUAUGACUAAUAAUGCAACAUCUGUGCGCGUAAAUCGUGAGGCCUUAAAAUUAUUGCGUGCAUUGGGCGGAAACGAUACGGUGAAGGCGCAUAUUGUUCAGCAAGGCGUAGCACCCGUUAUCAAACAAGUGUUAGAAACACAUUUGGCCAAUGAAAAUGUGAUUUCGGCAGCUUUAGCUUGCAUUGCAACAUUGACUUUGCGCGUCAAAGAUAAUAGUACGCUAUUUUUUGGCACGGGUAUUGCUGAAAUUAUUGUAGAGACCCUCCGUACGCAUUCUAAUAAUAAAAUAGUACAGCGUAAUGGAGCUUGGGCCAUUCGUAAUAUGGUUUCACGUUCCCGCGACCAAUGUGAAAGCUGGCUUUCUUUUGGUGCUGAAGAUCUCUUGAAUGUAGCACUAACAUCGCAUCCGUCCAUUCAACAGGAUAUAAAAGCGGCGCUUCGUGAUUUGGGUUGCAAAGUUGAACUUCGUGAAGAAUUCACUGGGGUUGCGGAGAAGAAAAUCGUUAGCAUGUGAAAACAAAGGGGUUUAUGGCUAA